AAAAAAAAAAAAGCCACUGGCCUCUGUUUCCCCCUGGCCCAGGCUGGAGAAAGGUCCCUGACCCCUGUCAGACAGGCAGUACAGCCUGCCCCACCUGACGCAGAGCCCUCCCACUACAGGGGAAAUGGGAGCUGGGAGCUCCUGGCACAGGCAAGGCCAAGAGUUGGGUUGGGGAGCAAAGACGGAGCUGAGUGCGUGUCCAGUGUUAGGUGGGUGGGGGUGUUAGUGGGUGGAGGUGUCCGAAGCCUGGCAGGCCUGCGGUCACACCACAGGCUGGGCCUAGCCGCUUGGAGAGCUUUCUGGAUCUGCACAGGAUCUUAUCCCCCACAGGCACACACCGUGGGCCUCAAACCCGGGAGCAGGAGGGGCAGGUUGGAGCAGGUCUACCUGCUCGCCUAGCCCCACCUGCACUGGCCCCAGGGUGUUCCUGAUGGAGCUGAGCUGGACCAGCCACAGGUGCAGGGCCGAGUCUGCAGCAGCCCCCUCCGCAUUCCUCUUCCCCUCCCCCCAAGUUAGAACAGCAGUAUGGAGGAGGAAGCCGGAAGCCAGGCUUGGCCCUCACACUGGCGGCAAGUCUAAUGCGUGUGUGUGCGCCUGUAUCCACAGGUGGUGUGUCCCCUAGUGUACCCUUGGGUCCCCACCGGAGUCCGGGGUGUCAUGUUUUUGUGUGGGCAUCGCUGGUUCCCGGCACAGCCAAUCCUGGGAAGUGCACAUCCCUCAUGGCAUUUGGAGUCCCAGGGUGGCCAGCCAGGGCCCCACCAGCAAGCCAUAGCAUCAGCCCAAGGGCAGCAGCCAGCCAGGAGGCAGGAACCACACCCGAGGUUCCCGGGCUUCCCGAGUCUCCUGUGGGCAAGAUCACCCUUGUGCCCUCACUGCUGAGCCCUGGAGUGUGGGUGCCCCCAGGUGGUCUGUUGCUGCUCCGCUACUCUGCAGCAGCCCCCAACCCUGUGUGCCCACCCAGGGUGCUGCCAUCUCCUCCCUUCCAAGAGGCCAGCCUCUGCUCCCCCCUCACCCCUGGCCAGUGGGAAAGGGUGCUCCUCAUGCCCUGUUUAGGGCUGACAUUGGGCCAGGUGACAGGACACCUGGGCAUGAUUGGGCAGCUAUGGGGGAGCCAUGGGCAGAGCACCUGAGGUCUGCAGUCAGUAGCCCAGUCGGGUGCUGCCUCCUGGGAAGGGGCCCAGGCUUGGGGGUAAUGGCGUCACUGAUGUGGGUCCCUGGCCCCACUGUGGGGUGUCCAGGGUUGUGCCUAUUGGACCGCCCACGUCACCAUCCCACCCUACUGAGCCUCCUCCCUCAGCCAUUGUCCAGCUUCGUGUCAAGUCCUGGCGUGGGGCUCACCGCCUGCCCCUUGACCGUGGAGUUCAGAUGCAUCUCACAGUGAGUGCCCCAGCGGGGCAGGUUUGGGGGCUGAGCAUCAGGGGCUCUGCCAGAGCAGGUGGCAAUUCCAUGGAACCUAGGGUCUUGCCUUUGUUUGGAGACCGAGAGACUCACAGUGUGGGAGGGUCACAGGACAUGUCAUCGGCAGUGAAAAGGUUUUGUUCCGUUUCCUGCCUCCAGAACUUGCACGUGCUGGAAUCCAAGGAUGGGUGGGAGAGGGGCCGUUCCUGGAGAUGUCUGCCCUCCGGGACUGGCCCAUGCUGCAGGACCUCCCGUCACCCCUGCUCUUGGUUGGUGAAUUCGGGGCAUGCUGAGCCUUUCCCCUGCGACCUUUGCACUUGGUACUCUUCCCUCCGCUUAUCAAACUCCUAACCAUCCCUCGAAGUCCAUGGGCACCAGAAGCACCGCCUCAGAGACUCACAGACUCAGAUGUACAGGUGUCCCUCAGUAUCCAUGCGGGAUUGAUUCCAGGACCCCUACAGAUGCUCAAGUCCCUGCUAUAAAAUAGUGUAGUGUUUGGCCAGGUAUGGUGGCUCACACCUGUAAUCCCAGCACUUUGGGAGG